AUGACAGGGGCUGUAGCAACCGAGAUCCUUCGCACAUGCAAAAUGAUGAAGGACAACAACCUGGUCCGCCACCUGGACGCCUGUGAGACCAUGGGCAAUGCCACGGCCAUCUGCUCGGACAAGACGGGCACACUCACCACCAACCGCAUGACGGUGGUGCAGGCCUACGUGGGCGACGUCCAUUACAAGGAGAUCCCCGACCCCAGCUCCAUCAACGCCAAAACCAUGGAGCUGCUGGUCAGCGCCAUUGCCAUCAACAGCGCCUACACCACCAAGAUUCUGCCCCCGGAGAAGGAGGGCGCCCUGCCCCGGCAGGUGGGCAACAAAACAGAGUGCGGCCUGCUGGGCUUCGUGCUGGACCUGAAGCAGGACUACCAGCCUGUGCGCAACCAGAUGCCGGAGGAGAAGCUGUACAAGGUCUACACCUUCAACUCCGUGCGCAAGUCCAUGAGCACCGUAAUCAAGCUGCCCGACGAGAGCUUCCGCAUGUACAGCAAGGGCGCUUCAGAGAUCCUGCUCAAGAAGUGCUGCAAAAUCCUCAACGGGGCGGGUGAGCCCCGGGUCUUCCGGCCCCGCGACCGGGACGAGAUGGUGAAGAAGGUGAUUGAGCCCAUGGCCUGCGACGGGCUCCGCACCAUCUGCGUGGCUUACCGCGACUUACCCAGCAGCCCCGAGCCCGACUGGGACAACGAGAAUGACAUCCUCAACGACCUCACCUGCAUCUGCGUGGUGGGCAUCGAGGACCCCGUGCGGCCCGAGGCAGGUGCCCCGCCGUGGAGCUCGGGGAAGCGGGUGAAGCUGGGCGUCCAGCCUGCUGGGUGACCUGGCGUAUGUCGCCUCACCCCCGUAAGCCUCAGUUUCCCUGCAAGGCCCACGGGGUCUUCUCUGUAUCUACUCCUAAACAUUCAGACUCUUAAGGCCAGCGUAGCCACACUUAUCUGCUUGGGACAUGGGGUGCAACCCACAGCCUGCCAGCCGGCGUAGCUCUACCGUGAAGGCUGCCCUGCCCUAGAAGCCUCAGAGGAGC